CCGCCAACGCCGCUCUUUCGUACUUCAGUACCGAGAGUUCAGUUCGAGUCGCGAAGCCGAGCUAUUUGGAUUAUCGACGCGCAACGCCGCUUCUUCCGAUUCAACCAACCAUGAGCACCAAGGAAAAUAACGAGGUCGCCGUUGAGAAGGUGACGGAGAACGACAAAGCGUCCGCGGACGCGAAAUGCGACAUCAAGGGAAUCAAGAGGCCAGCCGAGGAGAAAAGUGAAGAUACGAAGAAACAGAAAAAGGAGGAAAACGGAGACGGAGAGGUAGAAGAAGAGGAAAUUGAGGAAGAGAUCGAAGAAGAGGAGGAAGUAGAUGGCGAUGGAGAGGAAGACGAUGAUGACGAUGACAUACCAGAGGGUGAAGAAGAUUUAGAAGAGGGAGAAGAUGAGGAGGACGAUGACGCGGAAGGUGAGGUGGAAGGUGAGGUAGAAGACGACGAAGACGACGCAUAAUGAAAAAAGGGAAAACAUUAUGCAAUUAAGAAGGGAGGCGUUAGGCACGUGACGACAUCAUGGUCGAUUUUCGGCAAACUCAGCAAACUUACUCUCAUAUUGAGUGGUUGGUAACAAUGUUGAUAUCCUCGUGCCCAAUCCGUGUUAUUGGAUCCUCUCUAUCUUCCGAACGAAAAAGUAAAAUAUACCACCUCACCGGAAUUGUGGUGGGCUGACUCUCGUGAGCAGUUCUUUACUUGGCUUGGCUCUUCGCAAUUCUGGUCUAGCCGCCACCAAAUGCUAUUAGGUAGUUUGAAUGACAACUGUAUAUUCGUCCUGAGGAUUCGAUAAGUUGAUCUUGUCUGCUAACUAGAUUCUUAUUUCGAUCGUUCAAUCGCCCAUUCGUACGCGCGUGCACGAUUCCCAAGACGAAUCUAUCGUUUUAUCCGAACCACCUACUAACUGGUAUUUGCCGACAUCUGGCUUUAUUCGUCGGAAUAAGAAUUUUUUAACAAGAAUACUUAUUUAAGAUAUAAAAAAAAACUAUUAUAUUUAAAUAGUGUAAAACGAAUAUUCGAAGGAGAUGAUUUUUUUACAUUUAAAAUCAAAUUUACGUUUGUAGUUCGACGAAUGUCUCUCACCUUGUACGUGUGAUAUAUUGAGUUCUUCUUCUCGAAUCGAAAUGUGUAAUUGCAGUGUCUUCACAGGAGCGCGAGGCCAUCGAGCAGAAUUGAGCGAUUCAUACGUAACAUAUACGGCAAAUAAAUUAAGUAAAUAGGCACGAAUGGACAUCUCUCGGCAUUCAAUGUAUACUACAAUGAGGAAAUCUUAAGAAAAGAAAAGCGAAGAAAAAAAAUAGACGUACCAGCCGCUUCGUGCUCCUGUUUGGUAUAGAGACAGGAAUUAAGAUUAAAUGCAACGCUCGCGUCAAGUAGUAUGGAUGAAUAAUAUGUGACUUUAAUAUUGCAUAAUAAUUAUACAUAGUAUGUAUAAAGUUAUGGGAUAAGAAACAUUUUAUUAUUAACGAUAAUAUGUAAACGUAAUAUAAUGCGGAGAGGUUGUUACACUUUAGGCUUGGGCAUAGAUAAGGGAGAGCAUCGAACAGUCAACUUGUAAAGUGUAAGGGCCCUAUCACCCUUCUCUCUUCAUUUCAACCAACUAUAUCAUUUUUUGUAGAAGAUAAGAGUUCAAUUACACACAUAGAUGAAUCUAUAUAUAUAAAUAUAUAUAUAUAAAGUCUAUAUAUUUAUAACUCUCCAGAACUGCCGUACAUAUGACGCGAAAUUACAAAAGGAAAAAAAAAAUCCGGACUACAUGUUGUGACAGUUAUGUAAUAAGUACUCUCCCUAUUUUCGAAUAUUCUCAUUUGAGUGUAAUUUGAGCGUUUCAGUUACUUCUAUCUAUUACGAUUUUAUCUUGACUUUAUUGUGGACUAUUUUUCACGGCAAUGAUUCUCAGACUGUUGCACGAACGAGCCAUCGGUAUAUUUAUUCAUAUAUUUUUCCACGUGGUCCACGUUUCUUAAUAACGACAUAUACACCAGGUUGUGUCAAUGGUGUCGAAAAAAUUUUAAUAGUGCAUGUUGAUAAUGACAAUUAUUGAUUUGCUGAAUCAAUCACUGAAACAGAAAGAUCGCUCUUUGUACAAAAGUCGGCGAAUCGUUGCGAUUGGCGUGUCCAUGCCGCUACUUAUUUUCGGGAGACUGUUCAAAGGGUGAAGAGACAUUGCGGUAAUACACUGUAUCAUAUAAGCAUAAUAAUUAAAUAAAGGUAAUGAUAAUUUUGAAUGCGAGAAGAUGUCCCGUUUUAAUGUACAAAUAUUUUCGAAUGAGAUAGUUAAAUAAAACGCAGUUAGAUCAGAGAAAAUGAAUUCGUUCUCGUAAGUAGUGAUGAGUUUAAUAUCUGAAAAAAAAAAACUAUGAGGAGACGAGCGGUGUAAUGGCUGCUCGAAAACCACACGGACUAAAAAUCCCGCUGUAUGGAAACCAAGGAGAUGGAGGUUGGACCGUGUAACGUUGAUGAUACUUAGAAAGAAAACAAAAAUCUCUUACCGUCGCACGAUUCGAUGGUGCAAAAGAAGGGGGAUUCGUAUGCUCCUCAUAAGUGUGUGUAACGUGUCCAACAAAGCCGAUCGAUGUCAAUGUGAUGCGUACAGAUCAUACCAUCUCCGGCAGUCUCUGUUAAUCUACGGUUUUAUACGCAAUCUGCUGCUGUAUUUACACGUGUUUGCUUCAAGAUAGUAACUUGACGAUGACAAAAUUGGCAAAGAACUAUCUUUAAGUACAGGUGCCUGAGCAAAAUCAGUACUUUAGCGUUCAUAGUAUACUAUACUAUACAUACUUUAAGCAUAGGCACAUUUAAUUUUAUUAAAUACAACGUCAAGCCCCGUUGGCAACACGUGCAUCCUGAACAAAAAAUAAAGAAAUAAAUAAAAGGGAAAAAAAGAGACUUGCGUUUUGUACUGUGCCAAGCCCGACAGAGUACGGUACUCUUCUUCGCGCUCGAGUACUCGACGCGAUUCGCGAAAUUCACUUAAUGGUGCUAACGGGUCUUACAAUCAAUCAGGCUGAUCGCCCACGUACCGUUACACCCCUACGUUUGUUAGGUAAGCAUAAAAAGGAAAAGUUCAAGACGUCAAAUCCGGCAAAUCUGUGCCGACAACCACGUGUGUCACACGAUUGAAACGCAAACGAAAAAUCCUAGGCUAAGAAUUUGGUUUGUGUGUUCAUAAGUCUUGUUCAAGCUACUUUUGUACAGGAUACCAUUGCAUCAUCUCUUUCAACGUAUAACAAGUAACCGACACACCACAGACUAUAUAUUUCUGCCCAUUCCAUCAGAACUGAAACUUUCAUUGUAUUUUUAAGUAAAUACAUUUUGGAAAACAA